AAUGCGGUGGACCUGGUGCGCCGGCUGCCAACUGCCAAGCGCUAUCAGUCGAAAACCGUCGUCGGUCGCGUUCGCACAUUGCGUGUUACCGCCGCCUGUCUGUCUGUCCCUUUAACGACGUGUUUCAUUCGUCGGUUCGUUUUUGUUUUGUCUUGGCGGUUUUUUGAAAAACAUUUUUUUGACCCUUCUGCGAGUGAUGACUUAGUUGGUCGACACCCAACCCCGCGAUACUAUCCGUAUGAUAAUAAUAAUAAUUAUAUUGUAAUAUUUUAUAACCCGUUAACUGUGUUGACUUGUGGGGUUGGUUCUGAUGUUAAUAAUAUUAUAUUUCCUGAUGUGACCUGUUGAGAACAGCCCGAAGAGCACCGUCGAAUAAGCCCCUUCGUCAUGUCUCGCAAUCGCCGAUACCAAGUGCUCGGGAUAUUCUACUUGUUCGUCCAUAAUGCGUUUUGUCUGAAAUUGACGGAGCUCAGAAUAGAACAACACACGUUAGUUGGCAACAGCACACGACUGGAAUGUAACUUCGACCUGCAGGGUGAAACACUGUAUGCCGUCAAGUGGUACAAAGACGGUAACGAGUUUUACAGGUAUUUGCCCGGAGAAUCUCCGCAAGUACAAGUUUUCGAUGUGACCGGAGUUCAUGUAGACAAAAUGGAAUCUAGCGCUGGAAAUGUUGUCCUGAAGCCUUUGGAAUUGGCGAGCAGUGGUAAAUACCGAUGUGAAGUGUCAGCCGAAGCUCCUUCUUUUCAAACGGUCACUGAUCAUAGUUCAAUGCUAACAGUCGCUCCGCCGGAAGAAGGACCUCGCAUAUCCGGCGGUCAAGACCGAUACAAACCGGGAGACACGGUGGACGUCAACUGUACAUCCGGCAGAUCUAAACCGGCAGUGCAGUUGGCCUGGUACAUAAACGGCGAACAGGUGAACUCUUCUUACUUGCGUGGACCGUACACCGAGUACGUUGGACGCGAAGGAUUGAUGGUCACCACUUUGGGCUUGAGGUUCGUGGCUGGCAUGCAGCACUUUCGCAAUCCCGGCCAACAGCUUCGCAGACACGACCGAGAUAUGAAACUCAAGUGUGUCGCCACUCUCGGCAAGGUCUAUUGGAAGUCCAAGGAACAGAGCGCUGUGGCACAUAGGCCGCGCCUCCCGCCCGGAGCUUCUUCGCCGGUUCCUGACGACAUCCUAGACGCUCAGGACGCCGACUCCAGAGCUGAUCCGGUUCACGCAUCGAGCAGUUCGGUUACCAUACACCUCGCUCAACUGUUCAGCGUCAAAAAGAAAACCCUCACUCUGUCAAUAAUCUUGAUCGUUGUGCUUAUCCGGUAGCAACUGAUCGCCACAACUUGAAUCUAAGUCAUUUGGAACAGUUACUACAAAAGUGAACCGAUCGAAGAAAGAUGAUACAUUUCUUCAAUAUUUAAAGUUUUUUUUUUUUUUUUUAUUAAAAUAUGUUAUUAAGACUUUUACUGUAUAAUAAACAAAAAAGCCAAAACCGAUGGGACACAUUGUGUAUUAUUUUAUUUAUUUAAGAAAAUAUAAUUACAAAGGAAAAUAAUGAUAAUGCAUAUAAAAAAAUGUAAUUUUGUUGUAAUUUAUUUGUUUACUUAAUGUAAGGUAUGAAAAUUUUUCGUUUUCAAACAUUGUUAAAGAAUUUUGUUUUAUUGUAAAUUAAUCUUUAUUGACUUAAUAUUUUAUAACUCAUGUAUCCAUUUGUAAGUAACAUUGUUUAGGAUUUUUAAACAUUAUUUAAUUAUUAUAAUAUGUACAUAAUAAUCAUCAGUUAACUAACUAUAAACUAUUAAAACUCAUCGAUAUCGGAUCGAGGAAAAUCACAUGUAUUAUAAAUUAUUAUAAACCAUACAUUAUUACCUAUUAUACAUUUGCUAGUCACUGCUUUGAGAUAUAAUACGCUAACACUUACUGUAGCUAAUAAUGAAACUUACUAAUGUAUAU